GGGAGGCCGCAUUUUUGUUUAUUGUCGGCGAUGCGAAAAAAAUGACCGAGAGCCCGAGGAUAACGUUGAUCUUGGACGGGCGUAGGUUCCAGGUUGACAAGAGAAGGAUCAUCGAUAAAAGUCGUUACUUUCAUUCGCUGUUCUCCCAUAAUUUCAGCGACUCCAAGGCUAACGAACAGACAGUGCUGUACAACUUUGAUCCGAUUGUCAUACAGGAUUUCUGCGAUUGGGUCGAAGAAGAUCCACCGCAUGCAUUACACGACGAAUCCCACCAGAUUAAGAUCUCACUCCAAAAAUACCUUUCAGACAGUUACCUACUUCUCAAACAAUUUGUCGAGUUGAGUAUAAUUUACUCGGUAGAUGAGUUGAGUGUUGAGUUGAGUGACAUAAUAGUGCAGCACUGGCUGAAACCAACUCACUUGUUGGACAUAUGGCGAAUGUCAAGAGAAUUGAGCCUCACUGCCUUGACGAAUGUUACAUUCGCGGCGUGUCUCGAGAGAUUCGUCGAAAUUCCCACGGACGAACUGUUGAGCUUGCCGUUGGUUGACUUUUUGAAGCUCGCGGCUAACAUCAAUAUCAACUGCCAGCAGAGUUAUUUGCUGUCGGUGAUAGACAAGAGAAGCCAAAUGGUCGUGGAUAACAGAGAAGCGCAAGAAAAGCUGGCAAGAUUGCAGCAACUGCUGCGUAGUCUGGAAAGGCAAGCCAAGACGAUGCAAUGUUUCUUCGUCGAGACUUACAAAGCACUCAACGUGCGAGAGUUGCACACUAAGACGAUUUACGCUUUCCACGAGGGACAAUCUCCGAGGUUCAGCGAGGUCGUCGAGGUUUGGAGAGUAGACGAUAGCGGCAAGGAUCUCGCUGGCGUUGGACUGGUUGGCAGAGGAUUCAGCGUUUAUAAAAUCGGCGGUGAGCUGAGACUUGGUUCCUGUAAAUUCAAUAUGAACAUUUGGCGGUACUGUUUAAUUUCGCGGAAGUGGUAUUACCUUGCAAGAUUGCGGAAAGCUCGAAGACAUAUGGUCGCUGCAAUAGUCGACAACAAGUUAAUUCUCAUCGGUGGAGUAAGUCGCUAUCGUCUGAAAACCAACUCUGUAGAGGUGUUGGAUCUACACACCAGUGCCUGGACCAGAGCACCUGAUAUUGCCGAAUCUUUCACUGAUACGCCACCUUCUUGUGUGAUAGAUGGUGUUAUUAUUAUCUGUAUAUCCAGCUUGUACAUGUUUAAUGGCCAUACUAAUACUUGGUUGUCGGUUAAGCACGAUAUUGAUCCCGUAGACUUCUGUAGUGUCAGGUGUUUGGCUUGCUACAAGAAUACUCUGUUUAUAGGCAAAGAAGGCGGCGAAUUCACCGACUACAGUAUUGCGUGGACCUAUGCAGAAGACGCGAGCAUCAGGGCAGCUUUCGUCAUUCGCUCGUCGUUCGUGUACAAGUCUUUUCACAGUGCUUGCGAGAAGAUUCAUAUAGAUGAUCGAGGGAAACUCAGUGGCAUUGUCUACGAAGCUAAAAAAGUGAUUGUUGAGUCUGGCACACUGGGCAAGGAUCCUCAUGUAAAAUUUAGCAUGCAUGAUUUUAAUUUCCCAGGGGGGGGAAGUUUAGCGCCGAUUAGCUGCUUCAACCUUACGGAUCCGGCGAGUUUGUACAUGCAGGUUGUCGAGUGAAUGAAAUUGUGAUUUUUCGUACAACUCUUAAACGGUGACAUUUUUUUUGUUACUUGAUGUUUAUGAGCAUUUAGAAUGUAUUCAUGAUUGUAAAUACGCGAUGACCAUAUGAGUAACAUGAUGCGUAAAGUAUGUUAAUUUUGAAUGAAAGAUUUUGAAUGAGAACAAAAUUAGAUCCGUGUAGUUUUUAAUCGUGAAUACGCUGAGUUAUUUUUAUAUGCAAGUUUAGAAGAAAUAAUUUAAUUUUUUUAAUAAGUAGAUAAUCCCCAAUUAAUAAGAGUGCUUGUAGACGGCCAGGCAUAUAAAACUAAAAAUACGAUCUGUAAAUGUUCUUAUCACGACUACUACUAUAGAAUUAUUGUGAAAAUUAUACGUAGAUACUGCUUCAAGUGGACUUAGAAUUAUGUUAUAGAGAUGGCCAAAAAAAUAUCGCUUACUAGUACGUGAAAUUGGAAAACUAGCGAUGUUAGAUGAAUGGAAUUGAAAUAUUUUCAUUGUAGUUUGAAAAAAAUUGUGGAGUGCCUUUUUAUUCACCAGGAAAUUUUAAAUGUUAACACGGCAUUUUCCAUUAGAGCUUUAAAGAAUUUUCCGUCAAGACUAUCGACUACAAUAAAUUUUUUAUACAUAUUAUUUUCUAUCUUAUAGAUCAGUACAUAAUUUAAAGAAACAUAGGUCUGGUAUCUUCGUAAAGCUAUUACGUUUAAGUUUUUCAAUUCAUUGCAUUUCGACAAAGUUUUUGAUAAAAAGUAUUGUGAUUGUAGUAAAAUAGACAGUUGUCAUGUAUAGAUUAUUUUCUAUGUCAAAAAGUUUUGGAAAAAUAUCGUAUAUUUUGUAUAAAAUUUUCCUUUUACUGUGUAAUUUCAUUCAAUGAAUUUCAAAUACAUUCGAUAACAGCCAGUAGGCUGACAAUAUUUAUAAUUCAAGUGAUAGACAUAAAGGAGAAGUAUUAAA